GCGCCAAAGCUCACCCAUGACCAACCAGGCCCUCGCAGCUUAUAUAUUGCACUUCGUAUCUUGCUGUCUUCUGCCAUGGUGUGAAACACCCAGGAAUGAGGCGGCCGCGUUAACCCGGUAUCCUUCCUGCAGACAGCGGUGUUUGCUUAUGUUUACUCACUGAUCGCGGGAGCUUGCGACUAGCGAAGGCAAAGGAAAGUUAGCCGCUGAGCGCACGAGAUCCUGGCUUUCGCCCAACAUGGACCUCGGGGAGGAACCAGCGAUGCAGUAUGGAGGCAUGGAGCUACAGACGAGUGGUGAGGCCCUGGCGCAGCACCAGGAUGGCGGUCACGUAGAGGCGCAACAGUCUGUGGCAGUGGAGCGGGCUGUGGCCGAGCCCGCUGCGGCCGAGGCGGGCUCGGCUGAGCCGGCCGCUGGUGAGGGCCAACCCAACGGCGCCGAGCACGCGGCUGCGGGCGAGGGCGACGGCGACGGCGAGGGCCAGGGCGGCGACGAGCAGCCCAGGCGGAGACGGCGUAAGUGGGGGCCGCCGGCACUGGAUGCGCCAGGCGGGGUGGAGGGGCAGGGUGCUGCCAGCGGCGGUGGGGGCUCGACGCCCACGCCUCCACCGGACGGCGGCGAAGGCGAUGAAGCGGAGCGCAAACGGCGGCGCAGGAGCAGGUGGGAGGAGAGCGACGGCAGUGCUGCGGCCAACACGGCCCUGGCGGUGGUGCCGGCAGCGGGCGGCGGCGCGCUCAUGGCGCUGUUCCCCAGGGAGGUGGUGCUGUCGGGCGGAAUCAAGGUGUCUCUGCCCUCCGCCAUCACGGGCGCCCCAGACUCCUCCCUGGCCGCCACCGACCCGCGCGUCAAGGCGCUGCACGGCGAGCUGGAGACACUCAACAGGCGGCUGCAGAACAACGAGCUGGACAUCCCCCCGGAGGGGGACCCGCGCCGUUCGCCCUCGCCCGAGCCCGUGUACGACCGCAACGGCAUCAGGCAGAACACACGAGAGAUACGCUACCGCGAGCGGCUGGUGGACGCCCGCAACAAGGUGGUGGAGGAGCUGCUGCGCGAGGACCCCGGCUUCAAGCCGCCCACAGACUACAGGCCCAAGAAGUACUGGAAGAAGGUGUACAUCCCGCAGGACACCUUCCCCACCUACAACUUCAUCGGCCUCAUCAUCGGGCCGCGCGGCAACACGCAGAAGCGCAUGCAGAAGGAGACCAACACCAAGAUCGCCAUCCGAGGCCGGGGCAGUGUGAAGGAGGGCGCCAGCCGCGACCCCAAGUACGACUACGGCGAGGAGGAGGAGCUGCACGUGCUCAUCACUGGCGAGCGGCAGGAGGACGUGGACAAGGCGGUGGACAUGAUCGAGCGCCUGCUGGAGCCCAACGACGACACGCUCAACGAGCACAAGCGCCUGCAGCUGAGGGAGCUGGCGGCGCUCAACGGAACACUCAAGGACGAGACGGCCUGCUACGUGUGCGGCGACACCUCCCACCGCGGCUUCGAGUGCCCCAAGCAGCAGGCGGUGGAGGUCUACAAGCUGCCUGAGGAGAUGCGCCAAAAGGUGGAGGAGCUGUACGCGCGCGACGUGGCGCGCAUGGCGGGCGAGGGCGGCGGCGGGCGCGGCCCCGGGCUGGAGGACGAGUACAAGAGCUUCCUCAGGCUGUACGUGGCCGGCCUGCCACCCAUCUACAACGACGCCAUGCUGAGGUCCAUGUUCGAGCCGUACGGACACGUGCUGUACGCGGUGGUGGCCACGGACGGCGCCGGCAACAGCCGCUGCUUCGGCUUCGUGCACAUGCCGGACGCCGCCACAGCCCGGGCCGCGCGCGACGCCGUGGACGGGCGGCCGCUGGAGGGCCGCCCGCUCACGGUGCGCCUGCGCAGCGAGCGACACGAGCCGCGCGGGCGGGGCGGGCCAGGCGGCGGCGGGCCGGGCGGCGGCGGCGGCCACGGGGGUCUGGAGGGCGUGGACGACGCCUGCAAGCUGUACCUGGGCCAGCUGCCGCCCAGCGCCACAGAGCAGCUGCUCAAGCCGCUGUUCGAGCCGUUUGGCGGUGUGCUGGAGCUGCGCCUCAUCCGUGACCGAGACACAGGGGCGCUCAAGGGCUUUGGAUUCCUGACCAUGGCCACCCCCGCCGCCGCCGCCGCCGUGCUACGCGCCAUGCACGGCUACCGGCUGGACGGCAAGUCCAUUGUGGUCAAGCAGGCGGGCGCGCCGGGAGGAGGCCCGGGAGGCGGCGGCCCGGGCGGAGGCGGACAUGGAGGCGGCCACGGCGACCACCACUCGCGCCUGGGCCCGGGCCGCAUGAUGGGACCCGGCGGCCCGUUCCCGCCCCCCGGCGGCCCACCACCCCCGCCCGGCGGCCCGCCACCGCCCUACCCGCCGCCCUACCCACCGCCUGGAGGGCCCCCGCCGCCCUACCCGCCGCAUCACCCGCCGCACUACCCGCCGCCCGGCGGCCACUUCCCGCCGCAGCAGGGCUACGGCGGCCACUACGGCGGCCCGCCGGGUGGCCCCCCGCCGCCCUACCCGCCGCCAGGGGGGCCCUACGGCGAGCCCGCAUAUGGCGGCCCGCCGCCGCCGCCCUAUGGGGCUCCGGGGCAGGAGCACGGGGGCUAUGGCUACGGGGGUGGCGGGGGCUACGGCUACGGUGGGCCUCAGGGUGGAUACGACGGCUACGGGGCAGGCGGCUACGGCGCCCCCCCGCCGCCGUCAUACGCCCCGCCCGGCGCCCCGCCGCCGCCGCCCCCUGACGGCGAGCAGCCGCCGCUGCCGCCCGGGGCUGAGCCGCCGCAGCACCAGUACGGCGGCCACCACCACCAGGCACCGCCGCCGCCGCCGCCCGGGCCGCCCCAGCAACAGGCGCACGAGGUGACCGAGUACGAGCGCUUCAUGGCGGAGAUGCAGCGGGGCCAGUUCUCAUGAGAGCGCCGGGUUGCGGCCCUCGGUUGCGGCCCUCAGGUCCACGUUCGCUUGGAGCGGGAAAACUACUUUCUUGUCUUAAGGCAACGUUAGACUAUAAGUUUACAAGUUGCGGCGAAAAAGACUCCCGUUUGACGGCGAAUUGGCAAGAGAAGCAGGCGACACGCCUCGAUGGGAUUUUAGGGAAUGGGGGUAACCUAUGGAACCAUGAUGUCCUGUAAUGUGCUUGUUAA